AGCCACAGAAGUCAGAUGCUUAACAGUGAUUGGGUCGUUUCCAUGUACUCAAGGCGUGGUGUGCCCACACACGAGCAAUCACUGUGGCUUGCUACUGAAAAUAUUACAAAUAUGGCUCGAAUUAUGCCUGUGGGAUGUAAUGCAUUACCCACGAAACCUGAAGAUAGAACUGAAUAAUUCCUAUACCUUUGUCGCGGGGAAGGUCUGCCAAAGAGGUGUAUUCCUCAAGAGUCUCGACUGCAGCAGCGCGAGACAGACAGAAUGUUUAUUUGAAGAUGGAUUCUUGUCGGCAUCUAUAAGUAUUUUCCGUUAGAAGGCGGCCUUGACAUCGGGAAUCCGCCACUGGUGUAUGAUGUUGCUAGCAUCGGCUGUGGUCGUAUGGGAAUGGCUAAACGAACACGGGCGCUGGCGACCCUACAGCCCGGCCGUCUCUCAUCACAUCGAAGCGGUGAUCCGCAGCGACCCACGGGGAAGCAGUGUGGUACUAGGCCAGGUUGACUCGAGGCUGUCGCCCUACAUCAUCGACUUGCAAUCCAUGCACCAGUUUCGGCAAGACACAGGCACCCUGCGUCCGGUGCGCCGCAGCUUCUAUGACCCGACGUCGGCGCCGGGCCACGGCUGGCUGUGGGAGUGGGAGAACGACUCGGGCUCGUGGACGGCGUACGACACGGAGGUGAGCAUCGCCAUCCAGGCGGCGCGGGACCGCAACCAGCCCUGGCUGGACCUGUCGCCACUGGGCUUCUGCUACCUGAUCGACCUGCAGACAAUGACCCAGUUCAACCGGCAGACGCAGCGGCGCCGGCGCAUCCAGAGACGCUCGGACCUGGCCUACCCGCUCGUCACGGGACCCCUGCCCAGGGCGUGGGCAAGUGGCAUGGGCGCCCCGGGGGGUGGAGGUGGUGGGGGUGGUGGAGGUGGUGGGAUGGGGGGCAGUGGAGGGGAAGGAGGCAUGGGGGUUGCUGGCGGGAGGUUUGGGGGUGCUGGGGGCGGUUUGCUGGGCGUGGGGGUGUCCGGGAUAGUCACCAGGGGCAACGGCAGCGCCUACCCGAGCGGCGCUCUCCCAGCCUCGGCCAUCACCUCGCUGGGGCAGCCCUGCUCGUGCCAGCAGUGCAUGCUGGUCCUGGGCGUGAAGACGGGCGCGGGCUUCGGCGGGGUGGGUGGAGGGGCACACACGUUGGGACGGAAGCCCCCUCCACCCUUGCCCCCGCCCAUGCAGACUAAGCCGCCCAGCCCCAAAUCGGGACCCCCACAGAGGGGGUACUCCUACUCGCUCACCCUCCCACACCCCCCGUCCCUCUCCCGGGUCCUGGCGCCCCAUCGGAACUCCAUGCUGGUGUCUGGUGGGGGUGGCGGUGUGCUGGGCAUGGGGUUUGGCAUGGGUGGUGGCGGUGGAGGUGGCAGCGGUAGCGGCGGCACGAACAGCAGCAACGGCGGCUUCGUACACUCCCUCUCCCUGCUGGGAGCGGCCACCGCUGGACUCUCUCUCUCCUCCGUGCCCUCCUCCUCCUCCGUCCUGCCCUCCUCCUCCUCGGAACGGAGGGAGAAAACACGAGCAGGGCUUCGGUCAGUGACAUUUUGGGAAAUAAGUUUGUGUGUGCUCUGCAACGGAGAAAUGACGAUUAUCAAGUUCGCUCCGGUUCCCACUGUUCCAGUGAAGAACUUAAAUGGAUCAAGCCCUGUGCAUCCAGCUCUGGCAGGUAUAACAGGCAUUCUGAUGAGUGCCGCUGGUCUGCCCGUUUGCCUCACCCGGCCGCCCAAGCUGGUCCUGCACCCCCCUCCCGUCAGCAAGAGCGACAUCAAGCCUGUGCCGGGCCUGGGUCACUGCUGCCGCAAGACCACCAAAAAGCAGGCACGCAAAGGAAGAACUCCUGAGGAAGUGGUGAAAAGAUACCUGCAGAAGGUGCGCAACCCCCCCGAGGAGGACUGCACUAUCUGCAUGGAGGCUCUCUCGGGCCCCUCGGGCUACAAGGGCCCGGGCGUAGGUGGCGUGUCACGGGUGGAGUCAGUGGGUCGUUUGGCCCAGUGCGGGCACCAGUACCACCUGCAGUGCCUGGUGGCCAUGUACAACAACGGCAACAAAGACGGCAGCCUCCAGUGCCCCACCUGCAAGACCAUCUACGGGGUGAAGACCGGCAACCAGCCACCCGGCAAGAUGGAGUACCACGUCAUCCCCCACUCGUUGCCUGGCCACCCCGACUGCAAGACCAUCCGCAUCAUCUACAACAUUCCACCAGGCAUACAGGGCCCUGAGCAUCCCAAUCCCGGCAAGCCCUACACUGCCCGCGGUUUCCCCCGCCACUGUUACCUCCCAGACACCGAGAAAGGACGCAUUGUCCUGCGCUUGCUGCUGGUAGCCUGGGACCGUCGCCUCAUCUUCUCUGUGGGCACGUCCAGCACCACGGGCGAGUCGGACACAGUCAUCUGGAACGAGGUCCACCACAAGACUGAGUUCGGCUCCAACCUGACGGGCCACGGCUUCCCGGACCCAGGCCACCUGGAUAACGUUCUGGAGGAACUCCGUGCUCAGGGCAUCACGGAGGAGGAGAGCCUGAGAGACUGAUAGAAGAAAGAGAGAGAAAUGCACGGCAGAGAGAGAGAGAGGGAGAUAUGAGGAGUGAGAGGAGGAUAGUAUAGGUUCUCAUAUCUGAACCUGCAAAAAAAAAAAAAAAAGUAACAAAACAAGCAUCCAGGAUUAUCUUGUAACAGAGGUUUUUUUUGUUGUUGUUUUUGUUUACUAUUGUUCUGAUGAGUUAUUAUUUUUUGUUUGGGUUUGUUGUAUGUGA